AUGACCGACCCUCAGGCGACGUCGCUUUUCCCCCAAGACAAGCUGAGUUUGUUGCUCAUCAGAAGCCUGCUACAGCUUCCACCAGAUGCUACUGUCAAGUUGGAACACAAGAAAGAUUCGAAGCCACCAUACUCUUAUAUUGGACUGAUUGCUAUGGCUAUUUUGAGUAGUCCAGAGAGGAAAAUGCUGUUAUCAGAAAUCUACACUUGGAUCGCCAUGGAAUAUUCGUAUUUUAGGUAAUAAAAAGCUUUAAUAUUGUUGUAUUAUUAUAGCGAAAAAUGCUGUUUCAAAAGACUAACCUUUUCCGACAAAAGAAUUUAAUUUUUAUUUCAAAAUCCAUCUAAAACAACAUGUUUCAUCUUCAGAAACCGCGGCUCAGGCUGGAGAAACUCAGUUCGUCACAAUCUGUCAUUGAACGACUGUUUUGUGAAAGUCGACCGCGCAGCCAACGGAAAAGGUCAUUAUUGGACGAUCCACCCCGCCAAUCUGGCCGACUUCUUGAAGGGAGACUACAGAAGACGACAAGCCCAAUGGAAGAUCAAAUCUCAUCAGCACGCUCAGAUGCCGUGCUGGAAUCCUCUGGCCAUGCAAUACCUACUCAAUCAACAGAUUCAACAAAAUUCAAUGAUGGAAAUGUGGCACAAACAGAUCGCCAACAAUCAACCGGUCGAUCUCAACUCUCACAAUCAUGUGGAUUCGAAUUCAGAUCGAAUAAAUGUAUAA